CCUUGGCCUAGGGUGGCCAUAUUCAAAGUGCGGAUAAAAUACCGCAUACUGAAAUACCGCAAUUGCAACACGUGCGAGUGUCGCUCUCUCUCCAAAAGAUAAAUAAAUUAUUAUUUAAAUAGGAUUUGUUCAAUUAAUACGAUAUGUUAAAAAAUAAGAGAAAGCCAGGGCAGUUUGUGCGGGCACCGAAAAAACCUUCGAAGAAUGCCGAAGAUGUACCUGCUGAGGAUCACAGCGACCAGGAGCGGCCCACUACCAGUAGCGAUGAUGGCUUCGAUGAGCCCAAACCCACUCCCGCCAAGAAGGAGCAGGCGCCUGCUACCAAACCAAAGAAGAACAAGUUCAAGCAGAAGGAUGAGAAUGUUAAGCCGCCCACGCUGGAGGAGAUGAAGGAGCUGCGCGACACACAGAACCUAUUCCACUCCAAUCUCUUCAGGCUGCAGGUCAAGGAGAUGCUGGAGGAGCUCCAGUUGAAGCCCAAGUACACAGAUUUCAUUGACAACUGGCUGGAAUCUUUCACCGCCUUCACACGCCAGCUAAAGGAUGGUUUGCUGGAGCGAACCCAUCUAGAGGUGCCUCUAAAUCUGGCCUCUAAGCCAACCAACUUCGUUUUCUCAAAACCCACCAGGGAACCUUACCUGAUUGGAGCCGCCUCCACGGGCACACUGCUCGGCCCCAAAAUCGUGGUGGACGUGGCUCUUGAGAUGCCCAAGGAAUCCCUGCAUAAAGACGAUUACCUGAACCUUCGCUAUGACCAAAAGAGAGCUCUAUACCUCACCUAUGUGACGGAGAGGAUGAAGGAGUCACCAAUUUACGCCCAGGAUCAGUUUAGCUUCAACUACUACGCCAACAAUCCACUGAAACCUGUGCUGGAGCUGACUCCAGCGGCCAAGCAGGUCACCAAGCACUUGCAGGUGCGCCUGUUCAUCACUGCCCCGCUGAGCAGCUUCAAGCCGGGCAGGUUCGUGCCCUGGAACAACAAUAUUCGCCCCUCGUUCUUCGGUGACGAGUGGGACGAGGAGGAGCCGCUGCCCUCCACCCAGCACUACAACGCCAAUGUACUGUUUGAUCUAACGUUGUCCGAGAAUCAGGCUUAUCUUGAAAAGGCGUUCAAGGGGAAGCGCAACUUCCAGGACGGUCUGCUGCUUCUUAAAGUGUGGCUCCGUCAACGAGGACUGGAUAUAGGAUUCAGUGGCUUUGGCGCCCACAUCCUGGCCGCCUUUAUUGUCUACCUGAACUCGCAGCGAAUCCUGCACCAGUCGAGCAGCAGUUACCAGGUGGCGCGCACCGUGUGGAACCAGCUGGCCAACACGGACUGGACCAAAGGCAUCAGCCUGUCUCCUGCUGCCAUUCAGACAGAGGAGCUGAGCAAGUUGGCCGCCCAUUAUGACGUUUGUUUCAUGGAUUUCACUGGCCAGCUAAAUUUGUGCGCCAAUGUUCCACUUUAUCUCUACCAGAGGGUGCGAGAGGAGGCCAAACUGGCGGUGGAGCUAUUGAAUGACAUGAAGCUGAACAGUUUUCCACUGAUCUUCAUGCAGAAGUGUCCACUUUAUAGUAGGGUGGACAACAUCCUGAAGAUUACCAAUUAUUCGUGUAUAAAUCAAAUGCUUAUGCUGCAUUCGAAGCCGCGAUCCAAGUAUGAUUAUGCCAAGUACGGCUACCCGCAGCUGCUUCAACUAUUAACAGAGCUCCUCCAAAAGGGACUUGCUGAACGUGUCCAUUCUAUUCUGCCCUUGGAAACGCCGUGUACCGCCUGGCCUGUGGAAAGCAAGGCUCCUGUGAUAGGAAAGCACAUUCAACUGGGCCUGGUACUCCAGCCAGAGCACGCCUACGAGGUGUUAAACAAGGGACCAGCCGCCAAUGAGGAUCCGGAGGGAGCUGCAGAAUUUCGACGGUUCUGGGGAGAAAAGUCAAACCUUCGGCGGUUUCAGGAUGGCAGCAUCACGGAGGCUGUAGUUUGGGGCACUGCCCAGGAUGCGCCCGCCAAGAAACGGCUAAUUGUACGCCAGAUAGUCCUGCAUCUGCUGGAGCAUCACCUACAACUGGAGAGCAAGGAUGUGCAAUAUAUCGCCGCAGAAUUGGACCAGGUCUACAGCCUGACUCCAUGGUUCAAGGUGAAUAAGCUGAAGACCAAGAUUCCAUUGGAUCAAGACACCGAUGCGGAGGCACUCAGUCCGCACGUCAUUCGCUGUUAUGAUGAACUGGCAAGGCAGCUACACGGCCUGAAUGACCUGCCGCUAGAUAUCGUCUCCAUAUCGGGCACCUCCCCCGUUUUCCGUUACUGCGAACCGCAGCCAGUGCUGCCGCAGGCGCGAAUGGCAGAAAAGUUCAUCCUUGCCAGCCACGUUCAGCGAGUGGUAAUACAACUGGGCCAGAGCGGCAAGUGGCCAAACGAACUGGAGGCACUGCGAGCUAUUAAGUUAGCCUUCCUCAUCGAGAUUGGCGAGAAGUUGGAGGCGCAGUGCCACCUUAAAUGGUUGCUCUGCGUUGAUGGUCUUUUGGUGCUCAAGCAGGGAUACUGUUUCCUGAUACAGCUGGCCCACACCAAGGAGCUGGCCUUGCUCAAGAAGGUGGUAAAUGAGCGUGGCAUCACCACAUACGAAGACAAUCCAGAUAGUCGUCUCCUAGAGCGCCAACAUUACAUCCUGCCCAAGGUGAGCGGCGCUCUGCAUUCCCUCCACCAAUCGCAUUCGGCUUUUGGACCCACUGUGCUAGUGGCCAAGCGUUGGCUGGCCACCCAGCUGCUGGACGAAGGACUGUGGCCUGAGAUGGCCACUGAGCUACUGGUGGCACAUCUCUUCCAGCAACGAUGUGCGCCACAGGCCAUAGAAGCGCCCCAGACCGGAUUCAUUCGCUUCCUGCAGCUGCUGGCCCACAGCGAUUUUAAUUGCGACCUCUUCCUGCUCAACUUUAACAAUAGCUGGAAGGAACAACAAAUUGCCGAUCUGGAGCACAGCUUUCGCAGCGACCGCCAGAGUUAUCCUCCUUUGGCUGUGGCCACUUGCUACGACAUGCAGCACGCCGGACGUCUGUGGACCUCGGAUGAAUCCCCUAGCCCUCUGGUGCUGGGACAUGUGACGCGACUGGCCCGCCAUUCCCUCGAGAUUAUCGAAACCAGCAUAAUGUCGAAGGACUUGAGGUUUGUGCGACCAGCGCAACUGUUUCGCGCUUCCAACGAAGGAUACGAUUUGGUUAUACAACUCAAGCCGGAGCUGGUGCCCAAUACGUUGAGCUACGAACUGGGAUCUCCCUUUGUGUCCUUCAGCCAGCCCAACUAUCACUUGCCCCCAGCCGGUGCAGAUUAUCUUGCCAGGAUUGUGAGAGAUUUGAGGUCUGCCUAUUCCAACUUCGCUGCCUUCUUUUAUAAUCCCCAUGGCGGCAAGGAAUUGGCCAUUGUGUGGCGCCCACCCUCUGUGUUUGCACCGAAGCCCUUCCAGGUCACCGAAGCCCAAGCCUGCGCUCCUUGUGGUAAUGGAAAUGUUCAAGUGCACAAAGAAACCUUGAUCGAGGACUUCAAGCUUAUACUAAAGGACUUCUACCUGCGCUUUGCCACACCAGAGGAGCUGAAGCGGGAGCAGCAUGAGCAUCAAAAGCCUAAGAGGUACUUCAAUGCCAGUCAGCAAAAGGAGGAGUCGAGCCCGAAACCGAAAAAGCAAAAGGUUCAGAAGGAUACUAAGAAGGAGGCACCACCCAAAAAGAAACGCCUCAUAAAAAGCUCGGCUCUGAAGGCCUUGAAUUAGUUAUAGCCAUAGCCUAUUGCCUAGCUGUGUAAGUUUCCACAUUAUAAAAUUUAAUAGACUUUUAAACAUA